CAAGGCUGCAUAAGAAAGGGGACGGAGAGAAAUAGAGAGAAGGGUGAGUUAUAUUGGUGCAUCAGAGUGAGGCUGCAUUCAAGAGAAAGAAAUAGUGCACAGUGCUUAGUUACCUGGAGACUACAACCCGACGACAGGAGAGCAUCAAGUUCAGGUAUCCUGCUGGUCAUUUCUCCAUGGUCUUUUAUUGGUACUUUUCCUGUAUUGUUGCUGAUGGGUUCAUGAGUGCAGAAAGUCCUUCCUCUGUUUAUUUCCACAGGGGUUUUAUAACCCUUCCAAAACAGCACCGAUAACAAAUCCUCCGUGCUAAGAAGCCUUGAAAUCCCCAAAGCCAAAUACACCAACCAAAAAGCCACAAAACCCCAAAACUCUACUGCUGCCCACCAGAAAUCAGAAAGACAUAAAACAACAACCAGAAAACAUUUUCGAAAUACCUUCUAUGUUGACGACAAGUGCAGGUUCAGAGAAUGAAAGAAGCACGUGCAAAGAGAAGGGAUUUCGACAACUUUCUGAUGGCAAAAGAAGAGAAACAGAGGGUUUCGCUACACUUGUCUUUGAUGCCUGUAUUGCGGUGCGUCCUGCAUAUGGGUGGCAAAGAUGAGUGUCAAGUGAAAGCCUCGGGCUGUUGGUUCACGCCAAGGACAAAUCUGCAAAGUUCUUGGGCUCACAAAGUGAAGAAACUGCUCUGGAGGAAUCUUUAUGCAGCACCAAAGGAAUAAAUUACUCCACCUGCAGCAAAGUCAUCAUCAGAGUGGUAUCACAGAAGGAAAAAUUGCUAUCUGUUACGGAAAGGCAUUCUGUGGCCAAGCUGCAACAUUUGAUGGAGUUGAAACUCACCUCUGUAAAGCAAUGGUUCGAACACCGCCUGCAAUGCUCUGCUUCAAAAUUAUGUCUGCAAAAUGGAAAAACAAUCUCAUAAUCAGCAAGGAAGAAGAAUGAAGUCCUCGGUUUUGAUUUCAUGGUCACGGCUACACAAAGAAAAAUGGAAGCUUAUUUCCACUCAUUUGCAGCAGAGCAAAAGCUUCAGAAUAUGCACAAUCGAGGCAGCUAUGCUGCAAGUCCUUUUUCAGAACAAGCCAAAAAUAAAAGAUCAGGAAGCAAGCAACUGCAUCUAAUUAAAGAAGCAGAGGUCACUUCUCAAGAAGCUACGAAGCUUUGCGGUGGAGAAAUGUCAAAAACCUGCAGAUAAUUACUUCACACAUGUCUGUCAAAGUCAUAGCUUUCAAAAAUAUGCAAUUAAACACAUUUGCUGCAAGUCAGAGCAACAUAAGUAAUGGUUUGUUAGAUGUGCUGCAAGCUUGAAACAAAGAAGACAAAAUAGUGGCCAUAUUCUUUUCUUUUGUUUGACGGUGGAAAGCUGAUCAUGACUCAUCUAUAAUUAAAGUAUGCUGCAGCCUUGUCUAUAAAUGAGAGCUAAAGACAAAGGGAACAACCUCUGCACAAUGAAGCACAAAGCAAUUGAGUCAUGGUGGAACAAUGAAUAAAGAAAAUCAAAGAAAGGCCAUGAUCAUGUGGGCACCGAUCACCAAACAUCAAAGACAAAAACAAUUCCUAUGCAAUUAAGCAUGAUUGUCAAACCAUUAACUAAAGGCAAAAGCUUUGCAAUUAAACAAAUGAGCAGCAAGUCUCUCUUAAUUAGUAAAGUUCAGCUGCACGUUUCCUUGUCAAUCAAAAGAAAAUCAUGCAAAGAAUUAAUGAUUGACAGACAAAGCAAUUGAAGCGGUGGCAAACCGAUUCGUACACAUCAAGACAAAAAAAAAUGUAUCAUGUGCAAUUAAGCAAAUAUGCAGCAAAUUUGUCGAUGCAAAGCCAACAACAAAGGCCGGCCAGUCGGUGCUGUUGUCAGCAAAUCAUAAAGAGUUAGAUUAAAAUUCCCUGGGAUGGCAGCUAUUACCUCGAGGAGAAGCCACAUCCAGUUCAACUCGAGAGGCCUGCAUAAAAUAAAAACCUCAGUUUGAUAUUGGGGUUCAUAUGUGAGCUGGUAGCUACAAGACAAAUGCAAUCACUAGUUACCCAGUAAAAAUCACAGCAGAGACAAAGGGGGGAAGAACAAGGAGGCCCCAAAUUUGCGAGAUAGAGAGUUGAUAAAUUGAAGAGAUUUACUACUAGAAAAUUAUCUCUUUGAGUCAAAGAAGCCUUACCCAAUGUACGUUCUUGAUGGAGAAUGCAUAAUCAAGUAAUGGGUACUCCUAUUUAUACAGAACUCGGAGUCCAGACUCCUUCUCCAAAGUGAAAUAGAGGAACCAAGCUUCAUCCUAAAUGUCAUCUUUAUCACAAGUUGAUGUUAUCCGAAGGAUUCAAAACUUAUCAAGUCGGCCAAGGGAGGAGGGAUGACGUCUAACGUCUGGUUUCUGGAGUUUUAGAUGGGAGAAGACACCAAGUCACCAACUGUUUCAAGUUAAAUGCCAAUGAUCAUGGGUGUUCAGAUCAGUGCCCACGAUGUGGAGGCUUGUUGGGCUCUAUGGGGUGCAAAAGUAAAUCAAAUGGGCUGAACCAAUCUAUGUGCCGUAGAUUUUUCUUUUGGGCUCUCUUAGAUCACUUGUCCACAAGUUUCGAAGCUCUACAAGGCCCACUUCAAGUCAGAAAUUCGGGCUCGGUUGAAUUAUUCAUCGACAAGCAAAAAGCCCAUUUAAAAUUUCAGGGCCUAUUAUGAAGCUCGGCACAUUCGGGUGCCCAAUUUAAAUCAGUGGACAUUCAACUAAAAUUGGGUGUUCACCAAAAUAUGUUUUCUCGACGAGUUCAAAAUGUACACCCGUUGAGUAAAAAUUGGUACAAAACCGAAAAUACAAAUUUGAUGAACUACAGUGGUUUGAUCCCUUCACAGGGUAUGUAGGCAGUCUAGCGACCCACUAGAUGCAACCACAACUCCAAACAGAAUCCCUGACUCCACCAGUCAAAUUCUCCCAAAAAUCAAAUCCAUUCCAAAUCACACAAGUAAAGUCCGAACCAAAUUCAAGGGCUUUAAAUCCUCUCCCAAACACAAAUCCCAAAUAAAUGGGUCACCUACCCAUUUAAACCUCAAAAGUUGAACUACAGUGGUUUGAUCCCUUCACGGGGUAUGUAGGCAGUCUAGAUUUAAAUCUGGAUGCAACCGCGACCUUAACCGAAUCCCUGGUUUUCCCUAAACCAAAUUCACCAAAUCCUAGUGACCACAGAAGUCAUCCAAAUUUCCGAAUUCAAAUCACCCAAACACUUAACCAAAAUUCUUUGGUGGGUCAUUUACUCAUCGAAGCAUCCAAACCUUUCCAAAAAUCUGAACUACGAGUGGCUUGAUCCCUUCUGGGGUACGUAGGCAGCCUGAUAAACACUCUGGGUACAGCCACAAAAUCAAACAAACACACUCCUCUCCAUGGAAUUCUUGUCUUCGUAUUUGGAAUCAAAGGGUCUUCCCUUGAAGCAAGGGAUUGUAAUUAAGGGAUAUUAUCUAUCUCGAAUGGGUCCGAACUUAACAUAAUAAAACUCUAUUUCCGUUAAUGAAAUAGAGUGAGAUUGUGUUGAGUAUAUUUAUUUACUAUUUUUGCUCAACAUAGUUUUUGGCACGCCCAGUGGGACCCAUUCUCCUUUUCAUCUCCUUUAUGAAGAUACUAAUGUAUUUUGUGUGUGUGUUUCUCAGGAAACAAUACAAUGGCACCACAAGUUACCGUGUUCUUUCACAAGCUCCCAGCAGUUGGCGACAACACAAAAAGGACUGGUCAUCGUAUGUCCUUUGUGAUUGGUCAUGCACCCAUCACUCGAAGCAUGACAAAGCCCAAGCUUGGAGCCAAACAGGACAACAAGGCUGUGAAGGUUGUCAAGACUCAGAUCGUUAAGACCUCUUCAAAGAAUGCCAUAAGAAACCAGAGAAAAAGAGCCGCCAGGGCUCAGAGGAAAAGAGACGCUGAGGCUAAAACAAUUGAGGCCAUCUUGGCGGAAAUUGCUCAGUUGACACCAACUCUAGUCAAAACCACCAAUGCUCCCAAGACUCCUUCAGCUACUAAGGUCCACAUGCCAGCUCAUUUCAUGGUUGGCACUAUCCCGGUCUAUCUACCUAACACUGAGAGUGUGAUGGUGACCUUUACUGAGGAGAAGGAUGAAGACGAAGCUUCAGUGGCUCAAGAGUCCACCACCUCUUCACAAAGAGUUAUCAUACGGGAAGGUCAAAAUAUCGACCCAAAGCAAAUAGCUGAAGGGGUAAUCAAGGCCCUCGAUGCACCAUCAAAGCAUGCAGGGAGGCCAAAGGGGGCUAGAAACAAAGAGUAUCCUGUUUUCAAAGAUGACUCUUACUCAGGGCCAGUCACCCGCAACAAGGCUCACAAAAUGACGCCUAGAGAUGCUUCUUCAGUGGGUACUGCAUCAGAAGAUGAGGGGCAAAUGUGGAAAGAUAAUCCACUCUAUGAGACAUCUGUAAAAGAAAGAGUCUCCCAACUGCAAACUGAUGGCUCCUCACAGGGUUCAGAAAGCAGUGAAAGUAGAGAGCCCGAUGGUGCACAAGUGCUGGUAGCUAACCCGCAAAGCCCGGAAGAGCAGAUGCAAGAGUUGCAAAGAAGGUUAGCACAGCUUGAGCUUGAGGCUAUCCGAAGGCAAGAGGAAGAGGCCAAGAGGCGUGCUGAAAUAGAAGCAGCAGCAACCAAAAAAUUGGAAGAGAAGGAGGCUGAAGUAGCUGCAUUGGUAGCACAACUAGCCUUAAUGGCCAAUAACAAGGACAGGGGCAAAGAGAUGUUCCAAUACACAGAACGGAAGCAUGAGGAACGUGGAGAUUCUUCAGGCGACUCAAACACAUUCUCCCCCGCCGACAUCAAGACAAUGAUAGCUGAGGGGAUUAAGGAAUUUCAGUUAUCGCUGAAUCCGCCUGUAAUUGGGUACAGGAAGCCAUACCCUCUCCAUUACGAUGCCAUACCUUUCCCCAAAGGGUAUCAGAGGCCCACUUUCGAUAAGUUUGAUGGGAUAAAUGGCUCUCCUCACGAACAUUUGGCUCACUUCCACUCAGCUUGCGGAGAGACUUCUCAACUGGAUGCCUUUUUGGUUAGGCAAUUUGUUCAGUCCCUCAAAGGGUCCGCAUUCACAUGGUAUACCCAGCUUCAGCCAGGGUCCAUUACAACAUGGGACGACAUGCAGAGAGCAUUCUUGGCACAGUUUGUCAGUUCCAAGAAAAAAGUCUCAAUCAUUGACUUGGCUGAUGCAAGACAAAAGGUGGGGGAAAAUGCCAAUGACUUUAUCACAAGGUGGAGAAGCUUGAACCUCCAGUGCCCUGAGAAGCUGACUGAACAGUCGGCUGUUCAAAUGUGCGCCAACAACUUGCUUCCUGAUAUUGCGACAUUUGUUGGCACUGCAGAACCUCAAACUUUUGACGCAUUGGUUUCAAAGGCUAGCAACGUGGAAAGACAGAUAGCUCGCCAAAAGAUGCUAACUCCAAAAGUACAGGCUGGGGACAAGAAAGUUGAUCCUAAGAAACCUGCGAUAAAGAAGGGGGAGUCAAUGGCCACCUUCAUCAAAACUGAAAAGAAGAGUGAGGGUGCCAGCAACGGUCGAGGAAGAGAUGAGCGACCACGAAGACUCACAUUGAAGGAAAGGAAACAAGUCAAAUACUCCUUUGACGAUGAUGAUGUGGACUCAAUCUUUGAUGAGCUUCUCGCGGCAAAAGCCAUCAAACUCCCAGAAUCGAAGCGUCCUGCUGAGAUGAACAUGACCAAUGACCCCAAGUACUGCAGGUACCAUCGUCUGGUUGGCCAUACACUGAAGGACUGCUACGUCCUCAAAGAUAUAGUCCAAGAGAUGAUCAAUAACCAUGAAAUAGAGAUCGACUCGUCCCCAAACAGAACUGCAUCAGCAAAUGUGGUUGAAGAAAGUCUUGCAGUGGCUCCCUCACCAACAAAGGCUGCAACAGUCUCAUUACCAGAGGGUGCUAUACGCGUCACUUUCCAGGUGGACAAUGAAGUCAAGAUUGUUCAUGCGCACCCAGAUAUGCCUCGCCCUGGGAAUCCGAAAAUUCCUAGUCUGUAUGAGCUAAUGACCGCACCGAGUUUUGACAUUUGGGAAGAUUCAGAAAAUUCAGAUGGGUCAACAGACGAGUGGAAGACAUUGACCAAAGUGUUCAAGCACCGUCCUAUCAACACUGGGUCCUCCACUCAAUCCGGAGUUAAGAUCAGGGGAAGGCCGUCCUUAAGAAACAAGAAAAAGAAGAAGAGAGCACCCAAGAAAGUUCAGAUCCUUGAUGAAGAAGAGUAUGAACAACCACCAAGGGUGCCAAUCACUCUACAGGAAUUUUUACCUAAGGAACUUCUCGAAGCUGAACAACAAGAGGAUGGUGAGGAAGUGCUUGAGUGUUGCAUGGUCACCACUGAGGGCCCUAAGGGAUCAGACACAGAGGCGGACGAGGAAAGCUCUGAUAAAUCGGAACCCGAGGUUAAUAAGAUCACUCUACGCUCUGGUUUGAGCAUUCCAGGAGCUGACAAGCAGAAAGAAGUGAAUGAACCAUCUGAUAGCCCGAAAAAGUUAAAGUCGAAAAACGUUCCAGAGAACACGACGGACAAGACUGGAAAAGCCUCGACGUCAAAGAACUCUAAACCGAAGCAGAACGAGGGUCGAAUAAAGGAGUCAUCACAGAAAUACAGAUAUAAUGUGCUGGCUCACCUGAAACGUGUCCCAGCUACAUUGAGUGUCUAUGACGCAUUACAGAUGUCAAGGGAGCUGAGGGAAGCACUCAUUGAAGCUUUAUUGAGCCCUGACAUGUACAAGGAAGAGGUUGCCAUAACCACACCAAAGGUUUGUGCAAGUUGUAUGGAGUGCAUCACAUUUGGUGAAGAGGAUCUCUUAUUAGGGUCUGAGUACCACAAUAGACCCCUUUAUGUUACAGGACUUGUGGGAAACACGACGCUUAACCGGAUCCUCUUAGAUGGUGGUUCAGCUGUGAAUCUUCUACCGCUCAAGACGCUUCGCACGAUAGGAAUGGGUGUGAAACAAUUGUCCCCAUCCAUGUUGACAAUCCAGGGAUACAACCAAUCUGGGCAGAAGGCCAUGGGCACUAUUACACUUCAGAUGGAGAUUGGGGGGCUAUGCUCGGACGCAUUAUUUCAUGUGAUUGAUGCUCCGACAUCUUUUAACGUACUAUUGGGUCGACCUUGGCUCCACACAUAUGGUGUUGUUCCUUCGACAUUACAUCAGUGCUUCAAGUAUUUGGCAGAUGGUGAGGCCAAGAAAGUAGGGGCAGAUGUAAAUCCCUUUAAAGGUGAAGAAGUAAACUACUCUGAUGCCAAAUUCUACAAGCCUCCAACCUUUAGUCUGACACAGCAGCCAAACACUGGAAUACUGAAGGAUAACGUAGUUGAACAACGGUCUGAAAAACCUGAGGUUGCUAAGCCACCAAAGCCCAUCCGAGUCAAGGUAACGACCCCAAAAGAUGAUAAGCCUUCAAGCUCAACAGCAAUACGACCUAAAGUGAUCUUCAAAUAUUCAAAGAAAGACCAGCGAGAACCUGGACAAAAGGCUUUAAUUCCAAUAAGAGAUACAAUUGAGGCACUCAUGACAAGUUACACUAAGCCUCUUCACAAGAUUGAUCAGUCUAUCCCACGGGGCAAUUUGGUCAUUUCCACAAAAUUUGGGAACAAGCAAGGCCAGACCAAGCGCAUUGUCUCAUUCAGAAAUACAGCAUCUACUCCACUAAGGGUCAAAUCAAGAAGGCUCAGGAACAGGCCAGGGAACAAUGCACUCAAGAUCACAGUUCAACAUGUGAAUGGCAUGCUUAAAGCAAAAGUUCCCGAAGCAGACAUACUUACAAAUCACGAAAGGGCUGUUUUUCAGGAAGAACAGGUGAUGGAGAAGCCAUCACGUGUCUCAGUCUUUCAACGCCUAGGGACGAACAAUCCACCCCGCGUCCCAAUCUUUCAGCGGUUGGAAACUCAAAAGCAACCCCGUGUCUCAGCUUUCCAGCGUCUGAGCAACACUUCUUCAUUACCAUCCAACAAGUCACAAGCAAGCAAGAAAUGGAAGGUUAAACGACACACAAGGGUGAUCUUCAAAAAGACAGUGGGUUCUAAGCCGGACAAAAACCUGGAAGAAUCAGUUUCAGUGAACUGUGUUUCGUUUGAAGACCAAGAUCAAGCUCCAGAAUUCAUUGAUACCGCCCAGCCUGCUCCCCCACAAAUGGAGGAGGGAGGACAAGCAACCAUUGACGACCUCCAAGAGAUCAACCUUGGGACAGCUGAGGACCCAAAGCCGAUAUUUGUGAGUGCUCUGUUGACGCCAGAUGAAUUAAAAGGCUACAGAUCUCUCCUCCAGGAAUACAAAGACGUUUUCGCCUGGGGCUAUCAAGACAUGCCUGGUUUAGAUCCAAAAGUGGCAGUUCACAAGUUAGCAGUCUCGGAUCAGAAACGCUGGGUAAAACAAGCUCCCCGACGCUUCCGCCCAGAGCUCGCAGUUCAAGUUAAGACUGAAGUUGACAAGCUCAUCGACGCUGGUUUCAUCCGAGAGGUUAAAUAUCCCACAUGGCUGGCAAGUAUCGUCCCAGUGAAGAAAAAGAAUGGACAGAUCCGCAUCUGCAUUGACUACAGGGAUCUUAAUGACGCAUGCCCAAAAGAUGAGUUCCCACUCCCAAUCACGGAGCUAUUGGUUGAUGCCACAACAGGAUAUGGCGCAUUGUCCUUCAUGGACGGUUUCUCUGGCUAUAAUCAAAUUAAAAUGGCACCUGAAGACGAGGAACUCACUGCAUUUCGUACACCAAAAGGCGUAUAUUGCUACACUGUAAUGCCCUUUGGUUUGAAAAAUGCAGGCGCAACUUAUCAAAGAGCCAUGACAGUCAUCUUCAGCGAUAUGUUACACAACACUGUCGAGUGUUAUGUCGAUGACUUGGUAGUCAAGACAAGGAAAAGAGAGCAUCACCUAGCCGACUUGAGAAGGGUGUUUGAAAGGCUCCGGAAACAUCAACUGAAGAUGAAUCCCUUAAAAUGCGCAUUCGGGGUAACAUCUGGGAAGUUCCUUGGCUUUAUUGUCUGGUACCGAGGAAUAGAGGUUGACCCCACAAAGAUCAAGGCAAUCAGGGAAAUGCCUCCCCGGAACUUGCGAGAGUUAAGAGGGUUACAAGGAAGACUGGCCUAUAUAAGAAGGUUCAUUUCAAACCUUUCUGGAAGAUGCCAACCCUUCACAAGAUUGAUGAAGAAGGACGUUCCCUUUGUAUGGGAUCAAGCCUGUCAGAAUGCUUUCGAUAGCAUUAAAGAGUAUUUGCUUAAACCUCCAGUAUUAAUGGCACCCAUCAAAGGAAAACCCCUAAUUCUUUACAUCGCAGCACUUGAGCGAUCAUUGGGGGCAUUACUCGCACAAAAUAAUGAUGAGGGGAAAGAAAGCGCUCUGUAUUACCUAAGCAGGACACUUGUGGGGGCAGAACACAAUUACACUCCUAUUGAAAAGGUCUGCCUAGCCUUGGUCUUUGCAGCUCAGAAGCUACGACAUUAUCUGCUUGCUCAUAACAUCACCUUGAUCUCCAAAGCUGACCCACUCAGGUAUCUAAUGUCAAAGCCCGUGCUAUCCGGACGCUUAGCAAAAUGGUCUCUGUACCUAUCAGAGUUUGACAUCAAAUACGUGUCCCAAAAGGCCAUCAAAGGGCAAGCACUUGCUGAUUUCUUAGCAGCACAUCCUGUGCCUGAUCAUAUGGAAUUACCUGAGGACUUGCCAGAUGAAGAAGUUUUCUCAACAGAAACGUCUACAUGGCAGCUUUACUUUGAUGGGGCAGCUAGGAAAAGGGGAGCAGGAGCAGGCGUUGUGCUCAUUACACCAUUUGGGGGCCUAGUUCCAUAUUCAUUCUCUCUCAUAGCCAUAUGUUCAAAUAAUGUUGCAGAAUACGAGGCGUUGAUCAUCGGCCUUGAGAUAGCACUGGAAAUGGGGAUUGACACUUUACAAGCCUAUGGAGAUUCCCAGCUGAUUGUUAGACAAAUAAAUGACGAAUAUGCAGUCAAAAAUGAGAACCUCAUCCCGUACCAUCAGAGGGUCAAACAUCUCAUGGGGCAGUUUCAAGAAGUACAUAUUAGCCACAUUCCCAGGUCCGAGAAUGACAAAGCAGAUGCACUGGCUAAUUUGGCAGCGUCCUUGACCCUCCCAGAUGAGAGAGAUGUCCAAAUCACAGUUGGAGAACGUCGGUUAUUACCUUCCGCAUUUGAACGGAAGGAGGGAUCCCAAGAAAUACAUGCAGUUUCAGUGCUCGAAGUCGAAGAAGAAACAGAUUGGCGAAAAGACAUGAUUGAGUAUUGCCAAACCAGAAAGCUCCCUAGUGAUCCAAAGAAGAGAGCAUACGUGAGACGAACAGCCCUUCGGUUUGUUUAUCUGAAUGACACCUUGUACAAAAGGUCCUUUGAUGGAGUACUACUAAGGUGUUUGUCUAAAGAAGAGGCAGCUAAAGCUCUUAAAGACACCCAUUCAGGUAUUUGUGGAGCUCAUCAGGCCGGUCCAAAACUUGCAGCUCAGCUGAAACGAGUAGGCUACUACUGGCCGACAAUGGUACAGGAUUCAGUAAAUUACGCUCGCUCCUGCAAGGCAUGCCAGCUACAUGGAGAUUUCAUACAUCAACCUCCAGUCCCUCUUCAUCCUGCAACUCUCUCAUACCCCUUCGAAACAUGGGGAUUGGAUGUUAUAGGUGCUAUAAAUCCUAAAUCCUCACGCCUGCAUCAGUAUAUAUUGGCUGCAACAGAUUAUUUCUCUAAGUGGUCUGAAGCAAUUCCCCUGAAAGUAGUCAAGGCAGAAGAUGUUCUGUGUGAGAAAUACCAUAUUCAGCAUGCAUUCUCUGCAAGCUACAACCCUACAGCUAAUGGGCAAGCCGAGGCUUUCAACAAGAUUCUUUGCAACAUCUUAAAGAAGAUGGUCUCAGGAAAUAAAAGAGAUUGGCAUGAACGCCUACCUGAGGCAUUGUGGGCCUAUAGAACUACUGUUCGUACAGCAACGGGGUGCACGCCAUAUAAUUUGGUAUACGGGUCUGAAGCAGUGUUACCACUAGAGAUCCAGUUGCCAUCACUGAGGAUUGCUACUCAGCUUGCAAGUCCAGAUGAAAAUGCAAAGAUCAGACUUGCAGAACUCGAAGCACUCGAUGAAAAAAGACUUGCAGUCCAACAGAGGCUCGAAAUCUACCAGGCUCAGGUUGCAGGCGCCUUCAACAAGAAAGUUAAAUUCCGAUCCUUCAAGGUAGGAGACUUGGUUCUAACAAUCCGAAGGCCUAUUAUUGUUACCAGAAAGUCAAAAGGCAAGUUUGAGCCGAAAUGGGAGGGCCCGUAUGUUGUCACCAGAGUCUUCACUAAAGGUGCAUAUGAGCUUUCAAAUGCAGACGGAGACUGUAUCUACCCCUGCGUGAAUGGGAAGUUCGUCAAAAAGUUCUUCAUCUAAAAAGCUCGCUGGGCUGAAAGUCUGAAAGGGUAGCCCAUGCAAAGUCUGAGCACAAAAAAAAAAAAAAAAAAAAA